AUGGUGGUUGCCGAGCUUCUUCGUUGGAGAGCCCCAGCAUCUCUCAUGCUGCUGUUGGUGGCGCUUUCGCAGAACCCUGUCCUUGUCGCACCUCCAGCCCUCGUGCCCAAUGACUUUGUGGAGAUUUUUUCUGGGGAUGCUGCGGUGACUUUGGCAUGCUGGGACCGUGGUAUGGUUGGAAGCUGCCAUGACAUUGCUUACACGUCCCUGAUGGAUUUGACCACCACCCAUGGGUUCCUGCUGGUGUGCCGAGAAGUUUGGAACACAAAACCUGGUGGCAUGUGUCUCAUUGGGAUUUGCUGCAACUCCUUUACCAGGAUGUCGAGUCACACAGCCGGCCGGGACUGCUUUAACUCCUUCCUGGGGAACCAGGGCUACUCCUUCGUGGCGACAGGGAACUUGCUGUGCUCGCGAGUGGAACUGAUACUUUGGAUUUGCCUUGCUCGCUCCAUUCGAUUUGUGGUUGAGCAGCCUGAAGGAAGCUCACUUCCAAAUCACCCCAGAAUGCAAGAGAUCUUCGCAUGUGCUGUUGUUACCUGGCCGUCUUUUAUUUUGAAACAAAUUUUGACACCUUAA